AGUGCAGACGACGAAAGAACCCUUAAGCAAUUCAUUCAAAACGCUUCCAGAGAUGCUGCUGGGAAAUAAAACUCGUCCCACCUCUGCUGCAGGCAAAAUCGAGACCCAAAAUGUACCCAGUCUUCUGUCUGAGCUUAGACCUGUGUGUGGAGCCACUGCACGCAGCUUGUCAAGGCAAUCCCGAUGUAGGGGUGGAAAUCUGGUCCCAAGUGGAAGAUCUGACCUGAGUGUGACACAUUCUGAGAAAAUCCCAAAGCCAGAGUGGCUGGAAAGGGAACUUCUAAGGCAAAAGGACAGACGACAUUCAUUCACUUAUGGAGACAAUGAGAAAUUUACCCAGCACCAUGUCCAUAGUCUUUGCAUCUCUAAAUUCAAGAUUGAGCAGAAGGUGUCCCUUGAAAGUCUCACAAAGCUGAAAUUAGCAUUUGAGGAGUUUGAAAAAGCUGGCACUAGAUUUUUGGAUCUCCCUCACUUCCGUCUGGUCAUUAAGAAGUGUUUGGGUUUGCGUGCCAUUAACGAUGCUCAAAUCCAUGAGCUCUUUAUGAAGAUUGAUUAUUCUGGACGAAGCAGCAUUGGCUGGGAUGAGUUCUGCACAUACAUGCAGCUGGAAUACACAGAAAAAGAAGAGUCAGUGAUCCGAGGUAAGCAGGCGGAAUUCACGUUGCCAGCCAGUAUAAAGCCCCUUACUCAUGGUGAGCUCAUUCUGAGGAUUCAUCCCACCCCUGAUGGAGCCAUAGUGACGGUCAGAGAAGAUGGAACAGUCAACUACUGGAGCUCCAAACUUCAGAUGAGAAAGAACAAAAGUGUUUUUUAUGAGAGACCCAUUGGACGGACACCAAAAUGGGCCACAGAUUUUAUCACAAUGCCGCAGUAUAACAAGCUGAUCAUUGGAACAGGGGACAGAGAAAUCCAGCUGUAUGAGCUUUCUUCACUCGAACCUUACUGUCAGAUAAACUCCCUGGAAACCAUGCCUCUUAAGUUAGACUACUGCUAUACUGGCCCUGAUGAAUGUGCUAUCAUAUAUGGUGAUACUCAGGGCUGUGUGAAUAUCAUACUAAUGACAUCUGUGGGGGAGACACUGAGGAUGUGGAAGAAAUUGACAAAGGUUGAAAAUGUGCCCAGUAUUGGCAUUGAUUAUGCAGUCCAGUCUCCAAAUGUGACAUAUAUUAGAUGGAAAGUCCAUCAAGACUGGGUAACAGAGUUGAAAUAUAUUAAAAGCAUUCCUGCCAUUGUGUCCACGUCAAACCAUGAAGACUCUGCUCUUGUUAUUGGUUGCAUUCGUCCAUCCACCAAUGUUGAACAGCAAUUAAAAGAGAUUAAGGAGAUGUGUGAGGGUAAAUCAAAAAAAGGGACACUUAGCAUCAGCAGCCCUCAGCUUCGAGCACCAUGUGACCAGACAGUCUUUUCCAUAUAUAAAGGAGUCAAGACCUUUGACCUCUGCAAGAAGCAUAAUCUGCUGGUGACAGGGGGGAUGGACAGAAUAAUACGCAUGUGGAAUCCUCAUGUUCCAGGGAGGCCCACAGGCAUUCUGAAAGGUCAUACUGCACCCAUCUUCUAUCUCUGUAUCUCCUCAGAGGAUAGCCGCAUUUUCUCCGUCUCCACAGACAACACUGCUAAGAUCUGGGACAUCCAAGAUCAGUGCUGUCUGUUUGAUGCCCACCCAAAAGCGAGCUGUCUGCGGGGAGAGCUGUCGGCCUGCCUGUACUUCACUGGAGUGAAGAGCCUUUAUGUAGCCACCGAUUCACUCUUCUUACUCUCCCUUAAAACCAAAUCACAGCCUGAAGGCAGCCAUAUCGUUUCCCAUAAGGAGGCAGUGCUGUGCUGUGGGUACAGUCAGGAGUUUCGGCAGGUGGUGAGCUGCACCGAAGCAUCAAUUGUGAAAGUCUGGGAUGUGGACACAGGAAGUCAGCUCUUUGAGUAUGGAGGCGCUCAUGGAGUUUCUGCCAUAACCUGCAUGGCGUUUGAUCUGAAAGGAAGAAGACUUGUUACAGGUGGCAGAGAUGGCUGUCUCAAAAUUUGGAACUUCCACAAUGGCCACUGCCUGAAGAUACUGAGACGAGAGGAUGAAUGCCGUGAGAUCUGUGACUGCUGUUAUCUGCAAGUGCACAGGAACACAUUUGUGAUGUCAGUUGGCUGGGGUCGAAGGAUUGACGUUUACUUAGACAUACUACAUGACACUCAUCAUGUUCAUAGGCCACAACCUUCAUGGCAAGAAGAUCUGAAAAAGGGACACAAAGAAGACAUUUUGUGUAUAGCCCAGUGCCCUCCUUCUCUGAUUGCUACCGGAAGCUAUGAUGGAGAAAUCAUUGUGUGGAACGUGGUGUCUGGACACAUCCUGUGCCGCUUCCUUACACCUCUGCCUCCGCACACAGACCAGGUUGUGAACAGGAGUGUGCUGAAUCUCGUCUUCUUAAAGACCCGGGCGUUAGAUUCUGCCUUCACUUCAGCUGCGUCUCUCCUGUCCUCUGGGGCUGAAGGUGAUGUUCAUUUCUGGAACGUGUUGAAUGCAGGGAAAUAUUUUGCAUCUUUUAAGGCGUCUAGACAUGAGCAGCAGGUGACAAAAUUGGUUGUCACACAAGAUGACCGUCUCCUAUUUGCUGCCGAUCAUGUCGGCUACAUCUAUGUUUAUGACAUUAAGGAGUGUGCCAUCACGAAUGAACAAAAGCCUCCAAAAACCAUGAACUUCUGGCGAGCACACAUUAACAGCAUCACUGGCUUGCAGAUCAUCGAGAAUGACCAAGUGCUGCUCACUUCCUCUCUGGAUUGUACUGUACGCUUAUGGAGCAUCCAUGGAGAGUUUAUAGGAACCUUUGGGCAGCCUGAGCAAUGGAGCCUCCAUACUGCAUCAUCAUGGCAGCACCCUGCUGUUCCCUAUGAGGUUCUUGUAGAUCCUCUGAGCAUGCCAGCACACACUAUGCUCAAAGGCAAUGUAACCUCAUUAGAUGAACCCAGCUCUACAAAAACUGAAGACACAAGCAGUGAGUUCGAUUCUCGCACCAAAAUCAAAUCCCCCUUGCCAAGCUCUAGUGACCAAAACAUCAGGGGAGAGAUUAACACUGCUUUUUAUCCUGAAUGUGGGAAACGACUGCGACAUGAAAUAUUCAAGCACUCUAACAAGCCCCUGAACCAUGGGGGCCUUAAGGCCUACCACAAUCUGAGGUAUUUCGAGGUUGUUAAUGUCCCUACUACAUGUGAGAAGCCAGACCUCUCGCUCGCAGGGAUCGACCCCUUCAGAAGCAGCUCACUGGAUGAGAAGACUGCAGGAGAUUCAUGACUGCACGCAAAAGAAUAAGAUUACUAUAUGGAUUAUUCUAAAGACACAGCAGCCACACUAAGAAGCAGAGAACAUGCAAAACUCCACACAGACAUUAACCCGAGUCCAGGAACAAAGCAGAACCCUGGAGCUGUGAGGUGCAAUGAUAAUCCCUAGUUAAUGAUGCUUUAAAGCUACUUUAAAAUAGUCUGCACUUUUCAGUUUUGAAUGCAAAAUAUCACAAAAAUGCAAGAAUUGCUAUUAUAUUACUGAUUUAUUUAUUUUGACCUUGUUUGUAGUAAUUGUUUUUUUUGUCUGCAUAAAGCAUGCAUUUUAUUUAAAAUUUCUGAAAACAAAAUGCAAUAAACAUAACCAAUAAACAGUCAGUGAACAUGUACUUCAUUGUAUAUUGAAAAAAAGUCAUAAAAAUUACAAAGAAAUAAAUGUUAAUACUUAGCACUACUCUUAACAUGCUACGUAAGCAUAGAACCAUGAUGCUUUAAAAUUAGGAAGUUCUUACAGUGUAAAAUAUAGGUGGUUUAUGCAGGAGGGUGCUCUUGCAGGCAGUAUCUAUUGUUGCUGCUUUUUCUUUUCUUUUUUUUUGAUAGAAUUCUGGUACACAUCACUCAGACAUUUUGUUUGAAAUGAAAAAUAAGAAAACAAAUCAGACUUUAUAGACAAGUACUUAUUCAAUGUCUGAACAAUAAUUACAAAUGCAAUAUGUUCUGUACUGUUACUAUUCUUUCAUUUGCAGUUAGCAUUGGUUUGUUUUAAUAUUUGUAUUUAUGUCUUAUCGGCAUUGUUAGAGUAAAAAUUAUAUUACUGCAAAAUUAUUACAUGCAUCUUGAAUAUAAUUUUUUUCCAG